UGUUUUUUUAGCCCAAAAUGCUUUGACCCAAUGACAGACGAAUCACUGCCAGCCCAUUCUCGUAUAGAUGCAAACAAUCCUUCGUCACCCCCUAAUCAUAGCGAUUGGUACGUCCGUGACCUCGCUCUCGCUGCAGAGUUAGGGAAGACACUUUUGGAUCGAAAUCGGGUGUUGGACCAAGCGCUUGAGCACGCUCGGGCUGAAGGACAACAGAAAGAUAUCGAGCUUCAGCUACUUCAUAAACAGCUGUCCGAAUUACGGGCUCUAAGCCAGAAGCGUGGUGCUCUGGUGGACGAGGCUGAUGGAUACAAUCAGGAAUUGGACCGACUCAACCGUCAGCUUAUCAAAGAAUUGACUGCGGAUAGGCAGAAAAUCGAACGGUUAAAAGCACACGUGGCCUGUCUGGAGCAAGAAGUCAGCGACCUAUCGGAACUAUUGGAUCAUUGCACUUGUGAGCACACCUAUCCACUCCGUCCCCGUUCAGCCACGAACACCACAGACCGUUGUGCCUUACGAAGUGGCCCCCCCAGCCCAGCUUGCUAUACCCCGCCACCUAACCACUCCACCCACUCAGUCACCACUCAUCGGCACACCGUGACUACGAAAGGCAUGUUUAUUGAUGAUGAAUUCCAAGACCAACCGCAGCUGAGUACCUGUGAACUACAUUCUACUUCCGUGAUCCAGACUGACUCUAGUCACCACAUUCCUGGGGUCAGAUGGCCUUUGGGUCAGAUGUGUUCUUCGCCUUCCUUCUGUCCGACUGCUCAACUCAUCCGAUCUUCCAGUUGGCCUGCUUUGUAUGUUCCCAAUUCACCAUCGGACGAUAUCCAACCUGCUUUGAGGAAGCCAUCACACCCUAUUCAAAAUGGCAAGUGGACGAGCACAGUUUUCCAAUAUGCUGAUGAUGAUGGCCUCCGUCCACCACCUCGCUUUGGAUCUGGCUCAUCAACUCAUUCAACCCAACCCAAUGAACGAUCUAGUUGCACUGCAGACGAUUUGAAGGCCUUGAAAGAUGUGAUUGAUGAUGCGACAUUCAUUAGGCAUCUGGAGGCGAUCUACUGCAUCAAGCUUCGUUGCCAAGUGUCCAACGACUACCAGCCCCCCUACAAACAGCUCUUCCAGGAGGCAUUUCAAAUGCUUCGGACUUUGAAAACAGGUCACGCAAACUCCUGACCACCUUGCUGUGGCCGAUUUCAUUCAGUUACCCCAUGUGCAAUCCAAACUGAUACCUUAACCCAGCUUUUUUGCAUCUCGUUUGUUCAUUCAAUAACCUGUUUACUUUCUUGUUGCUACCGUGUUUCACUUCUACUUUGUAUUGUCGUCAUUCUAUCGGUUUCUCUGUGACGUCAGCUUCCUGUUGCUAUUUUUGUUCAGCAGCCUUACNUUUGUUCAAGCAGCCUUACUCCUUGUCUUUCCUGCUGAUCGAAUCAUAGUAUUUAUAUUACUAAUAAUUUCAUUAUU